AUGUCUCUUCAGGCUUACAUCCAGGCAGCUCUGGCCGAAAUCAAGGCGUCAGAUGUCACAGCAAAGCCGAUGACGUAUUUACUGGCCACGUUUCUAUUCGUCCUCUUCGUCUACUCCCUUGACAGUAACCCAAAGUCCAAGGCGCCCUUUUUGAACCCGCGACGGGCAUUCGAACUCACCGCUGAGCGGCCAAAGGGGAUAUACGUCCGAGGCUGUCGCUCACUGCUCAAAACCUGGUUCAAUACCCAUCCCAAUGAGCCGGCGCAGCUCAUUACGGAUUUUGGCAAUAUGACAGUACUCCCGCCGAGCAUGGCGAACGAGGUCCGGAACGACCCCAACCUCAGCUUUAACGACUUCAUUGGUGAUGCAAGCAAAAUCACCAAGCCCCUGGCGGACGAGACAGCACUCGCCGUCCCCGAUUUGUUUGGGGAUAGCAAAGAGUGGCACUCGCUGCCGUUGAAAGACACGAUCCUCACACUGGUCGCCCGGAUCUCAUCCCGCGUCUUCCUAGGGGAGGAGCUCUGCCGCAACGAGGCGUGGCACAAGAUCUCGAGGGAAUACACAACGACGGUGUUCCCCGCGGCCGAUGUCCUGCGCGCGUACCCCGCCGGCAUCAUCAGGUCCAUCGCCGCCCGGCUCCUGCCCAUCUGCAGGGCCGCGUCGGCCCAGGUGGCCGAGGCCCGCUCUGUCCUACGACCUGUCCUGGAGAGACGGGCGGCAGCGAAAAAGGCCGCCGCCGCCGAGGGUAGGAAGGUCGAGUUCAACGAUGCAGUCGAGUGGUUUGAGAACGCCGCCGCCAAGGCGGGGGCCGACUAUGAGCCGGCGGCGAUGCAGCUCUUCCUGUCGAUCGUGGCGAUUCACACUACCUCGGACCUCCUGACACAGGUCAUGGAAGACUUGGCAGGGCACCCUGAGGUGGUCGAGGACCUGCGCACGGAGAUCAAGGAGGUGCUUUCUGACGGUGGUUGGAAGAAGACGAGCUUGACGAACAUGAAGCUUCUGGACAGCGUCAUCAAGGAGAGCCAGCGCCUCAAGCCUACGCAGCUAGGGGAUGGUUACCGUUUCUACAAUAUACGGCGCAGCGGCGAGCCCGGCAAGGAAAACACCUCGCUGCUCGUCUCAACGACACCAGAGCACAUGGGCUUCGGGCACGGUAUCCAUGCCUGCCCUGGCAGAUUCAUGGCGGCCAACGAGAUCAAGAUCGCCCUGGUCUUCAUCCUCCUCAACUACGACUGGAAGCUGCCCGAAGGGGUGAAGCCCAAGACCCACGAGUUCGGAAUCGCCCUGAACACCGACGCGGCGGUGGAAAUUCUCGCCAGGAAGCGUGAGGAUGAUUUCGACCUGUCAGGAAUUGAGUAA